CGAGUUCAAACCUAGCGGUUCCAUCAAAAUGGGGGUUGGUUUAACCGGUGUUUUAGAAGUUAAACCCGUGGAAUAUGUUCACACAUCAGAGAUCAAAGAAGACGACAUCUACGGGACAAUUGUUGCUGACAACACCGUUGGAGUAAACCACGAUCACUACGUAACAUUCCGUCUUGAUCUUGAUAUCGAUGGUACGGAUAAUUCAUUUGUUCGUACUGAACUUGUGACCAAGAGGACUCCAAAUGGCAAAAUCUGUGAACACACCGAGAAAAAGCUAUUGGACAACAAAACGAAACACAGCAAAAACCGAGACAGAGGCUCGGGUGAAGCUUGGGCUGAAACCGGAGGAGUUGGUGGUGGUUAACCCUACUAAAACAACUAAGCAUGGCAAUGAGGUUGGAUACCGUCUGAUUCCUAGGCCGGCUACAAGCUCACUUCUUGCCCAAGAUGACUACCCACAGAUUCGAGCAGCAUUCACCAACUAUAACGUGUGGAUCACGCCGUAUAACAGAUCGGAGGUUUGGACUAGUGGUUCGUAUGCUGAUCGGAGCCAAGGUGACGACGCGUUAGCUGUAUGGUGUAAAAGGAAUAGAAAAAUAGAGAAGAAAGAUAUAGUGAUGUGGUACACCGUUGGAUUCCACCAUGUCCCAUGCCAAGAAGAUUUUCCGACAAUGCCUACUAUGUCUGGCGGCUUUGAACUUCGGCCAACAAACUUUUUCGAGCAAAAUCCUGUCCUCAAGACUAAACCUAUGAACCUCACCAACGUGCCAAAGUGUACUCCAAAGAACAAUUAA